AUAUCUUUCUUCUUCAUCGGCCCUUUUCAGUUUUCACCGAACCCUAACUUUCCCCAUUUUUUCCAAACCCUAAAAUUCGAACACUCUACAAAAAUCUCACUUCGAAAAAUCGAAAAUUUUCAUGCAAAACCCUCGCCUUUAACACUAGUUUUUUAAUAUACAAUUUUUGAUUUUGGUGAAAAAAAGUAUACAGUGUAGAAGCAGUUGAAGGAUUUUUUUGGAUUUUUUAACUAUGGAUUCUCAGCCGAACAAUCUCUACGACACGGCGUCGCAGCCGGAUACUGGGAACGACGCAUAUACAUUCCUGGAAUUCAACACACAAGGUGAAGAGUUUGAUUAUCCUGAAUUUCAAGAGCUUUCACAGCCAAUUCGAUCUUCUGCGUGGCCAACACCAUCGGAUUCUCUGGUAUCAGAAGUACCUGAUCGACCUCCGUCGUCGUCGGAAGCGUCUCCGUCGACGAAAUCACGAGGUGGAGGUGGGAAUAGUAAUGUUAGUAGUAGUAGUAAUCAGGCGUCGGUGGUGGAUGCAUUGGCAGCGGGGAUGAGUGGGUUGAAUUUUGAAGAGACAGGGGAUGAUGAAGGUUUUGAGUAUGGAAAAGGGGAUUUUGGUGUUGAGCAUGCUUGUAAGUACUGUGGAGUGACGAAUCCUGCUUGUGUUGUUAGGUGCAAUGUGCCAUCUUGCCGCAAGUGGUUCUGUAAUUCCAGAGGGAAUACUUCGGGCUCACAUAUUGUUAAUCACCUGGUGCGAGCAAAACACAAGGAGGUGUGUCUUCAUAAAGAUAGUCCACUUGGAGAAACAAUUCUAGAGUGCUACAAUUGUGGAUGCCGAAAUGUCUUUCUUCUUGGCUUCAUUUCUGCCAAGACAGAGAGCGUCGUUGUUCUCCUCUGUAGAGAACCUUGUCUAAGUGUUAAUGCAUUAAAGGAUAUGAACUGGGACCUGAGUCAGUGGUGCCCACUCAUUGAUGACAGGUGCUUUUUGCAGUGGCUUGUUAAGGUCCCUUCCGAGCAAGAACAGUUGAGAGCGCGCCAGAUCAGUGCUCAACAAAUCAACAAAGUAGAAGAAUUGUGGAAGACAAAUCCUGAUGCUACCCUGGAAGAUCUUGAGAAGCCUGGUGUGGAUGAUGAGCCUCAGCCUGUUGCCUUGAAGUAUGAAGAUGCCUAUCAGUAUCAAAACAUAUUUGCACCAUUGAUCAAGCUUGAAGCUGACUAUGAUAAGAUGAUGAAAGAGUCUCAAAGUAAAGACAAUCUUACUAUUCGAUGGGAUAUUGGUCUCAACAAGAAGCGUGUUGCAUAUUUUGUGUUCCCGAAGGAAGAUAAUGAGUUGCGUCUUGUACCUGGUGAUGAGCUAAGGCUACGAUAUUCAGGGGAUGCAGCUCAUCCAGCUUGGCAAUCCGUGGGGCACGUGGUAAAAUUAACUGCUCAAGAAGAGGUUGCGCUUGAACUUCGUGCCAGCCAGGGGGUUCCAGUCGAUGUGAACCAUGGGCUUAGUGUUGACUUUGUUUGGAAAAGUACGAGCUUUGAUCGGAUGCAGAGUGCAAUGAAAACCUUUGCAGUGGAUGAGACUAGUGUCAGUGGGUAUAUUUACCAUCAUCUGUUAGGUCAUGAAGUUGAGAUGCAGAUGGUCCGGAAUACACUUCCACGUCGUUUUGGUGCUCCUGGUCUUCCGGAACUUAAUGCAUCUCAGGUUUUUGCUGUAAAAAGUGUUCUUCAAAAGCCCAUCAGUUUAAUUCAAGGUCCACCUGGAACUGGAAAAACUGUCACCUCUGCCGCUAUUGUGUAUCAUAUGGCGAAACAAGGCCAAGGACAGGUUUUGGUCUGUGCCCCCAGUAACGUGGCUGUGGACCAAUUAGCCGAGAAGAUAAGUGCUACCGGUCUGAAGGUGGUUAGGCUCUGUGCCAAGUCAAGGGAAGCUGUCAGUUCUCCUGUCGAGCAUUUAACCCUUCACUAUCAGGUUCGCCAUCUUGACACAUCUGAGAAGAGUGAACUUCACAAGUUACAGCAACUGAAAGAUGAACAAGGAGAGCUCUCCAGUAGUGAUGAGAAGAAAUAUAAAGCUUUGAAGCGGGCAACAGAGAGGGAAAUAGCUCAGAGUGCUGAUGUCAUUUGUUGCACAUGCGUUGGUGCUGGAGAUCCUAGAUUGGCUAAUUUCAGAUUCCGCCAGGUGCUCAUUGAUGAAUCCACUCAGGCUACUGAGCCUGAAUGUCUCAUUCCGUUGGUUCUUGGUGCAAAGCAGGCUGUUCUUGUCGGUGAUCAUUGCCAGCUUGGACCUGUCAUUAUGUGCAAGAAAGCAGCUCGUGCUGGACUUGCUCAAUCUCUCUUUGAGCGCCUUGUGUUUCUAGGCGUGAAGCCAAUUAGGUUACAGGUACAAUACCGUAUGCAUCCUGCAUUGUCUGAGUUCCCAUCAAAUAGCUUUUAUGAAGGUACACUUCAAAAUGGUGUAACCGUCAAUGAAAGGCUAUCAUCAGGAAUUGAUUUUCCUUGGCCUGUGCCCAACCGUCCCAUGUUCUUCUAUGUUCAGAUGGGACAAGAGGAGAUCAGUGCUAGUGGAACUUCCUAUCUGAAUAGAACUGAAGCUGCGAAUGUGGAGAAGAUUGUGACUACAUUUCUGAAGAGUGGGGUAGUCCCUAGUCAGAUUGGGGUCAUAACACCAUAUGAGGGUCAACGAGCAUAUAUUGUGAAUUAUAUGGCAAGAAAUGGUUCUCUAAGACAACAGCUCUACAAGGAAAUUGAGGUUGCAAGUGUAGAUUCAUUUCAAGGGAGGGAAAAGGAUUAUAUUAUUUUGUCUUGUGUCAGGAGUAAUGAGCAUCAGGGCAUUGGGUUCCUUAAUGAUCCACGUAGGCUUAAUGUUGCUCUUACCCGUGCUCGUUAUGGUAUUGUUAUUCUGGGAAAUCCUAAAGUCUUGAGCAAGCAGCCUUUGUGGAAUGGCUUGUUAACACACUACAAGGAGCAUGAGUGCUUGGUAGAAGGUCCUCUCAAUAACUUAAAGCAGAGCAUGGUUCAAUUUCAGAAGCCCAAAAAGAUCUACAAUGAGCGCAGACUCUUCUUUGGUGGUGGACCUGGAGCAGUUCAAGGUGAUAGUUUUGGAUCUGCUUCAGGCCCCGUUGCUGACAGGAGAAAUAGUCGUCCUAGGGGUUCCUAUAUGGCACCUGGUGUACCCAAUGGUACUCAGAAACCUGGUGUUCAUCCUGCUGGUUAUCCGAUGCCUCGGGUUCCCUUUCCCCCUUACCAUGGAGGCCCUCCACAACCGUAUGCAAUUCCUACUCGUGGUGCUGUCCAUGGGCCUGUUGGAGCUGUUCCUCAUGUUCCACAGCCAGGUAGCCGGGGUUUUGGGGCUGGACGUGGCAACAUCAAUGCCCCAAUUGGUAGUCAUCUCCCUCACCAUCAAGGCUCCCAGCAGCCGGUCGGAAGUAUUGGAUCUAACUUCAACUUUCCUUCAUUAGAUAAUCCAAACAGUCAGCCUUCUGUUGGGGGACCUUUAUCUCAACCUGGAUAUGCUUCUAAUAUGGCUAUCCAGGGACCAGGCCAGUCAUUCCGGGAUGGACUUUCGAUGGGUAGCAUGUCACAGGAUUUUGUGGGAGAUGAUUUCAAGAGCCAGGGGUCUCAUGUUCCAUAUAAUGUUGCUGACUUCUCUACACAGGCUUCUCAAGGUGCAUAUGCUGUUGAUUAUGUAAGUCAAGGAGCACAGGCUGGUUUUCCAGGGAACUUUUUAAACCAGAAUUCUCAAUCUGGAUACUCCCGUUUUGGUUCAGGAAAUGAAUUCAUGUCUCAGGACUAUAUGGCUCAUGGUUCACAAGGUCUAUUUACACAAGCUGGAUAUAAUGAUCCAUCACAAGAUGAUGGUUCACAGAAUCAUUUUGGCAUGUCCAAUGUUAAUUCACUUCAGUCUCAGAGUUUACUUAAUCCACUUUACUCCCAGCCAUUUGCGCACUACAAUACACAACCAUUGAACUUGCAAAGUUCCCAGCCUCAACAGCAGCAAAGGCCACAAGGCCAGGGCUUCCAAAAUCAGAAACUCCAUUACAAUAGUUGAAGACCGCAGAGUUGUUAUAUGAUGAUUGAUGGGUUAUAGUUUUGCAUCCAGCAAUUCGGUUUGUGCUGUCAACAUGUGACUGUAUUAUCUGACCUUAAGAUGAAGUAAAAGAGUUUGCUAAUAAUUCAGGUCAGUUGGUGACAUAUUCCUUGCCAAUAAUCUUGAAUGUCGAGUCAGAGGGCUUACGUGGUGAAAGGCUUCUUCUCUGGUCAAGGAAACCAAGCGCAGGACAUCCGGUGCUGAGAAAGAACAAAUAACCCAUGUUAUCUUCGUGAAGUUUUAAGUACUGUUUGAAAAGAAGGUAUUAAACUGUUUCUCCAUGAGAGAAAGGUUACAUGGCGUGGUAUUUGGCCGGAAGGGUGGGUUGUUCAGGACACGGAGGUUGUUACCUGCACAUUGUAAGAGUACAUCAUUGUUUUUGUUUGAAGCUGCGACCAUAUCUUUUGUACAGUGUCCAGGCAAAAUCCAGCUAACCCUUUCAGCUCUUCCUGACAUGUAAUUAUACUCUCAGUUAUUAGUAUUACGGGGAUGAUGACGAUAGAUGUGUUUGUUAUUGCAGCACUUUUAAGUUAUUGGGUAUAUAAACAUGCAGGUAUUGGUCUUCUAUUUAAAUUGGGUUGCUUGUAAUCCCAGUUAUCAUUUUUGUGGAUGUCUUACGAAGCGGUUUGCUCAUUAAUGAUGAAAGAAUUUACGAGUACAUAA